UUUUGUGAAAGAAAUAAUUUAUUCUGUUGAUCUGGUUCAGUAUUCUGCUAAUCAGCACAGAUUCAAAGCGAUCUGGCCAUACAUCAUGUAUGAUUCAGAUCUCGAACCUGAAAGACCCGGCAACUUAGGCUACAUCUAAGCGUUUCUUUUUCUUUUUUCAUGCUUUCAAGUCCUUUCCUUGUAUUUAAGCUUCUAUCAAAUGCAUUCCUUUUGUGCUACUUUUCUAUGCUUAUGCCUUGUAUUACGAUCAUUACUGUAUCGAUUCGCUUUUAUAUGCUACCUUUUAUUUUAUUGUACUUAACUAUGACGAAUCCACUCAUUUUGUCGUUUGUUUAUAUAUUGUCCUCUCUAAAAAUAUUUGAAUAAUAAUUUUCUCUUUGCUUGUCUUCAUUUACCUGUUUAUAUCUAUAUUAGCUAUGCUCUAUAUUAAAACUAUUCUUUUUUAAAUGCGUAUUCACUUGAUGAAAAAAAAAAGGCCCAAACUUUGAUGGGAUAAGCAGCGAUUAGGUCAAUGUGUAUAAUUUUAAAAGAAAAACACACAACCAGAGGUAGUGUUUGUUGGCUGCCUUAUUGAUACUGCUCUAGUCGCCCAUAUCAACAACCACGAGUGCUGCUCUAUUCGCCCACACUCCAAACAUUACUAGCCAUCAGGAGAAAAGAAAGACGCACAACCAGAGGUAGUGUUUGUUGGCUGCCUUAUUGAUACUGCUCUAGUCGCCCAUAUCAACAACCACGAGUGCUGCUCUAUUCGCCCACACUCCAAACAUU